AUGUCACUAUGGUCUUGGCCUCCAGGUCAGUGCAAAGCCCCGGAACACCUUCCAUUUGCCAAGCUGGCAAAUGCUACGGACGAGUACGAGUUUCCCAUCGGGACGUUUCUGAAGUAUGAGUGCCGCCCUGGUUACUAUGGGAGAGGGUUCUUUAUCACCUGCCUAUCCAACUCGGUCUGGUCAAGUGCCAAAAACAAUUGUCAGCGGAGAUCAUGUGGAACUCCUCCAGAACCCGCCAAUGGCAAAAUGACCGUACACGGAGACGCCCGGUUUGGAUCAACUGUUAAUUACGCCUGUAAUGAAGGAUACCGACUUAUUGGUAAGACCUCUAUUGCAUGCGUCAUCUCAGGCAAGACUGUCACCUGGGAUGACGAUCCACCUGUUUGUGAGAGUGAGUUGAAACCGUCCUUGUUCUUACCUUUUCCAAUAGAUUCUAAGUUUCCCCCUGAAGUUAUACAAAUCUUAAGUGGAUUCCUUUUGUGCAUUCUAUCCCUCAAAACCUAUGGGGUUUCCGGCAACUGUUUCCUUAUGUUUUUUCCUUAUGUCGUGCCUUUUCUGAAUCUGGGGACUUAAUGCAUAAAAGCCUUC